AUGCACGCUGUUCGACGACUUCAUUCGAUUCGAUCAGCCCUUAGUAACCAAAUCAAGCAAGAACGUCAAAUACAUUUAUCGAGUAUGUCUUCAAAACCAGUGCGUGCCCUUAUAAUGGGUCCUCCAGGAUCGGGUAAAGGGACCGUUUCUGAUCGAAUCGUAAGCACUUUCGGUGUUGCUCACUUGUCGAGCGGGGACGUACUUCGAUCACAGAUUAAAGAGUGUACAGAGGUUGGCUUAAAAGCGAAGGAGAUCGUGGAAAAAGGUGGCCUUGUUCCCGAUGAAAUCAUGAUCGAACUUAUACUCAGCAAAAUGAAGGAGUUGGCAGGGGGAAGCUGGCUUUUAGAUGGUAAGACUAGAACGCUUUUAGCAUGCUUAGAUAGAGUUGGAAAAAUAUAUAUUUUUUCAUAAUUUACCAGUAAAGAAAAGAAGGCUUGUAGCUUAAUUGGAAAGAGUAGCACAAAGCUAAGAUCGUGCAAGUACCAAUUUACGCAUCAGCUUCGUAAUACACAUAAUAUUGUUGGAUGAUGCAGAAGCUAACUUUAGACUAUCAUAAAUGUUUACUGUUAUGACAUGGAAAGCUUUAAGUGAGGAACAGAUUUAACGAGAGAGCUGAACAUACACUCACGGGUCUUACACUGUAUAACCGCUUAGCCCUUGCUGUGUGAAAAAAGAGACCGUUCAAAUCUCUCAGCGAUUUAUUUAGCUUCUCUUGUUUUAAGUUUGUUCAAAGUGUCCUUGUUAUUGUUUUUUUCCUUGUUCCAGUUUGUGUCUUUUAUAUGUUAAAUUAUAACAGGUCUAGAAACAGCUGAAGGAAAGUUUUAGUUACAGUCACACCCAUAUUGCUACACUGGCAUGAUUUCGUGCUUUCAUGCCUGACAAGAACAAAAAAGUAUUCUAUGUUUUGAUUUAACAAAACUGUCAAAUUCUUCCUAAUAAUAUUGCUUAAUUCCCAAAGGACAAAAAACCUCUCAUCUGAAACAUCCCAUUUGCAAGGAAUUGUAUGAUCUGUGGAGCACACAGUCAACAAUACCAAAACUGGAAAUCUCAAUAAGCUCAUCACCAAGACCCUGAAAACCAUACCCUGUCCAGCGGCACAUACCCGUUUACGCCAAAUAAGGGAGGAAACCCAACCCCCCCACCUCCUCAGGUGCCCCCAUUAGACAACUGCUUAGUGUCUCUUCAGACUAAGAAAUGGCUAAUUUAAAAAAAAUAAUAAAAAUUUCAGAAACCACAUCCAAGCCUUGCCCAAUUCUUACCUUUUAUUGUGCCCUGCUGAAUGAAAACUUGGAUGGCUAUAAAUCUUGUUACAUGUAUAGACCAUGAGGUAAAGGUUUGGUGGAGAAAGGUCUUCUAAGAUCAAAACAUUAUCUUUAGCUGCUAGCACUCUUGAAAGCUAAGAUGCACACGUACAUGUACCUUUGGAAGAUCAAGCACAGCACCUCUACCAUUUAGGACUGAUAUUACAUGCAUUUUGAUGUACUGUACUUGAGUGUGAAUGCAGGUGCAACACUAAUGUGACUUCUUGUUGGCUUAAGUGUUUGUUGCAGGGGGGAGGGGUUAGAGGUUGGUGGGUACCUAUAGGGGUGGGGAAGGGUGGGUUGGGGACCAAAAGGAGACCUCCUUAUGUAAUACUAAGGUGACUGAUCAAGAUUGAGAGCUCAUUGAAUAAUUAUUGUUAACAGGUUUUCCAAGGACUGUUGUCCAGGCUGAAAAGUUGGGAGAAAAACAGGAACUAGAUGUUGUCGUGAAUCUUGAUGUCCCUUUUGAGACCAUAAUAGAUAGAAUUUCAGUAAGUUCCCUGACAAAUCAAUCUUAUUUAAUCCUUCUAUAAACUGGUUAAAAUUAUCUAAAUUUCUGUUAGUUCAGCAACUCUGAUCAAGACUUGAGCAUCGUCAUGUAAUUUCUCCUUGUCAAUUACCACUGCUUUAUUAACAUGAUUAAAGACUAGAUCUUUUGAUUUUAGACAAAUUAUCCUGCUUCUCUCUUAAACCCUGGAAAUUUGAAUGCUUACUUUCAAUCAUGUGAAACUGCAGUAGUCUUUUUUUUUAUCCUGGGGCAGGAGGGGGGGGUGGUUUGGAGUGUAGAGCUGUACAACAACACCAAUUUUAACCCCUAAAUUAAUUUAUCCAUGAGCAUCCCCACGGCACCCAUGUUUUACAGGGAAGUGCCCCUCAGGAAUUCCUAUGUGAGGUUUGCUACCUACUAAUUAUUAUAUCUAUUAUUAUUAGACAAGCGUAUGAUUACUAUUAUUUUUGUUUGCAGAAGCGCUGGAUUCAUCCUGGCAGUGGGAGAACAUAUAACUUGGAUUUUAACCCUCCAAAAGUACCAGUAAGUCAAAAAUGUAUGUAAUAAUGACCCAGAUGACAUAAUAAUAAUAAUAAUCUGUUUUUGCCUACGUAAUAUUAAAAGCAAUAAUAGUAAUAGCAAUAACUUCUUCGCAAGCUAUCAAAAUUCCCAAGUAACAGUAAUAUUAAUUUUAUUCCUGCAAAUGAUUGGCUUAAUGGACAAGCUUUAGAUAAAUCCUGAGAUUAAACUUCCUGUAAUCUGCACAACUGUACAACUUUGUUCAUAGGGAAAAGAUGAUGAAACAGGUGAAGAUCUUGUUCAGAGAGAUGAUGAUAAGGUUAGUAUCCUCUUUUAUGCAGUCCCCUGAGAGCAUAUUAAUGUCGUUUUAACAUAGCUCCAUGCGCACACUUCAUGCAUGUGAGCAGAGCCCCAUUGAAGUCUAUCCAUCUGAGAAAUUUGGGUAAUCACGUGACAAUAUGUCCGCUUGACCCACCUGUCUGUCUUCACCACAGGGGAACCAACAUUAAGUGUUAAACUUUCUAGCUAGUGUGGUAGCCUCUGGGCCUCCAACCUGUUAUUGCACAUCCAUGCUGUGGUCAACUGACAGCUGUCAAAACAGGGUUUCCCCUGACCAGUAUCACAUGACGGUAUUGUGGGCUCAGGUGUCGACCCAUUGUGGUGACGUGUUUUUUUGAAGGUCACCGUGGACAAGUUACUAGUUUUCGAUUGAUUGCAGGUUCAACUUUACGUGGAUGUCUAUUUGUUAACGGGAGCUUCGCCUUGGCUAAAUUUACAUAUUAUUCUCAUAAUGACUAGCUGCAUUCAUUUUCGCGGUGAUUACCAUAAUUAUUUACUAACAAGUGCAGUGGUGCUUUUUAAAUGUUUCAUGCCUCAAAUUUGGAACUUAUUUGAGGGGAGCCUUCAUUUGAAAGUUGGAUGCGACAAAGAAUUGUUUUAACAAUGGUAUUGUUAUUUUCUUUAUUAAAUGAACAGAAUUAAAAUCUUUUGAUUUUGAUUAUAUCGGGGCCGCUGUGCUUUUUUUGGGGUGGUGCUUAUUAACUUAUUCAUACCAAAUGCAGCACUUAAUACUCAGGGGCAACAAUUAAUCAGGGGCGGUGGGCACAGAGUAAAUAUGUUAAUGAUAAGUACUAUAUAAGCAUAUAUAAAACAAUGCUGACACUCAGUUCUGUGUCAACUAAUAAACAUUUUGCAAUGUACGUAGUUCUUGUUUGCCCUAAAUUUGUAUAAAUAUUACAAAAUUACUUAUGACCUUCUGUAUAGAACGGAGAAUGCAUCGGGAAAGCUGGUGCGUAUUAAUAAUAAUAUUGAUCCCUAAUGGGGAGAGGAGAGGGGGUGUAUUUGACAAAGUUUUGUUUUUAUGAUCAGAGGAGGCACCACACCUCAAUCUGAACACUUUAACCCAGUUUAUGUGGAAGUACUUUGAAUUUUUUUCUUUCUUUUUUUGUACUUUAUACAAUAGCCAGAGACUGUGAAACAAAGAUUAAACCAGUAUGAAGACAUGACAAAACCUUUACUUGAAUUCUAUAGGUAAGUUCACCUUUCUCUGUUUUAUGAAAACUGUUUGGAGAGAAUUAAGUAUCAAGAUUCUUAGUCUGCUCAUUUUUCUUUGAUUCUCUGUUAGCUGGUCACCUGACUGUCUCUUUAAGAUGGUCCCAACAUGUCCAUCUUAGAGAAAAUGAACUUAAUAUGCAGAUUGGAAGGAUUAGCUCAGUCAGUUGAGUGCUUGACUGCAGGGCGGGAGGUCCAAGUUUGAUUCCCAUGGAUGGACCAAUACUCAUGGUCUUAAAAUAACUGUGAAAUGACGUACUCUGCUUGCAUUGCAAGCGGCUAGACCUUCAGGUAGCUCAGAUGACCACAUAAAAUGGUCAUUCUGUGUGGCUCAAAUGACCACAUAAAAUGACCGUUCUGCUGCCUCAGUUGGAGACAAAAAAUGAGUAGUGUAGGAGCUGCUGGUAAGGUCUCUCCUAAUUGGUCUCAGGAAACAAUGACAUGUCAUUCUUCCCAAUUGUUUUAGUAUUGUUUGGCGUCAGGGAAACGCACCAUUGGUGACUUCUCUUACAAGCAGCUGCUACAUGACACACAUUUUUUUUUUUAACUGGAAUACCCAGAGGCUGGCCCAGUGCUCAGGGUCUUACUCCAUCCACAUACAAAUUCUCCAAUCUCAGCUCCAUACAUUUCCUUAAAGAAUAUUUGCUGGAGAGAAUUUGAAAAAAGAUCAAAGCAUUUUCUCUUAAGUUUCCUCUUGAUGAUGACUGUAUUGAUUUUGCUGCAAGAAAAUAAAUUGUUGUUGUUGACCGUGAAAGGUCAAGAUUGUAUUGGAUGAGGUUUUCCCUCAUCGCUGAGGCAUUAAGAUCUUUUGCCUCCCUCAGAUUGCCAAAUUGUGUUCCUGUCUUCAGCAGGUUAUGUAUAAUGCUGCGAUACAUGCACUUCGACAUAAUUUUCUCAACAUGGAUGGCUGGUUUGUACUUAUUCCUGUCUUUCCUUUCUAUUCCUUUCAAACUUGCAGUAAAAAGAGUUUACUGAAGUCAUUUUCUGGAACAGAGACCAACGUGAUCUGGCCCAAAGUCAAAGAGUAUCUGGCAGAGAAUUUCUUCAAACAUUGAGAUGUGGACAUCACAUGGACACAAAGACAAUUUUCUAGACAGACAUACACUCUGAGUGCUCUCGAGAGUUGCUGUAAACUUCCACUUAUACGCCUCCCCACCCCUCCCUUGGAUAUAAAAGUUGAGUGAUUACAGUGACGUUUAGAAGCUUAAUUUAAAAACCAGUAAGUAGGGGAACAGAAUGCUACCUCGAAAACCGUGGGUCUCGGAAAGUUUUGGCCCGAUCUCGAAAUCUCGGAAGCGUUUUUUAUGUGUCUCGGAAGUCUCGUUUUCGAGUGAUUUCUGCGUCUCGGAGUCUCCGAUUUGUCUUUUUUUCUUUCCGUUUGGUCUUCAGAAGUCGAAAUUUUUCAGAGUUCAUUUGGGUACGGCUUAUCGAACUGAGCUAGUAGAUUAAGAGAGUAGAACAAGAUAAAGCGGUAUUUUGGUGGGCUUCCGCUAGCUUCCAUUGCCGUUUUCGAUUAUAUUAUUUAGCUUUACUUGUACCUUUAUCUCGAAAUUUUCUACGCUUAGAGUCUCGGGCUCGGAAUUGAUAAAAACGCUUUAAGUCUCGAUCUCAAAUUUUGAAACGCAAUUUUUCUAUUGCGGUUAAUUAAGCUCUCACAAAGAGGAGCCCCGUUUAUAAACCCUCCAAAAAACACUUACGAAGAUGUAUAAGCCCAGAGGUUAUAAGCAGUAGUUUAGUUUUUGUUUUUAAGAAAUUCGAUUAGACAGUGAUGCUGGCGAGCAGGCUCUUGAUUUGGCUCACUCUAGCUUUUUCGGGGACUGGUACUCACAACAAGUCAUACUUUUUUGCUAGGGUUCUAGGAAAUUUCAACAAGGAUAUACUUCUGUGGAUCGCCAAAAAUUUAAAAUGUUAUAAAUUGUAAUUUCUAGUGAAUAUUAAUAUUAGAAUGUAGUAGCUGUAAUAACAAUUCAGUGAUUCACAUUAGGAAGUCAAUUUUUAGUGCUCGCGUUUAGGAAUAACUGAAAAUACGAUUGCAGGAAGUGGAGGGAGAUUCUAGCCAACUUAAAAAAAACUUUGAAUAUGAAGUUGUUGAAUUGUCUUGUGCUGUAGUGUAGUAUUAGGUAGCAGAUUAGCAGAUUAGUAUUAAAUUAUCGAAUAAAUGAAAUGUUAAUUUAGGUUGUGCUCUACUGAGAUCAACCAUGUAGGAUUGGUUAUAUAAGUGAACUAAAUCAAUAAAAAAAAAAGAGAUGUGCA